AUGGAACCAUGGAUGAUUGAAAAUCUGAGAAAGCUUGAGGUGGAAUAUAAGGAUAAAUUCGAGACAGCAUAUGGUGUUGAAAUUCACAGUGAUGCUCUACUCCUUGCUUGUAACAUCGCCUUUAAAUACUAUGAUGUUCUCCUGUCUAAUGAAGGAAGAAGAGGUGGCAAUCUUGAGGUUGUGCUGGAAAAGAAGGAGGUGGAGAUGGUGGAAAAAGCCUGUAUGAAAUUGAGACUUGAUCUAGACACAAAUGCGGAAGAGUAUGCUUUGGAUUUUGACAAAUACUCCUUGUGUCGUACACUCGUUGAAUUGGAGGAAAUCAAGAGAGAGAAGGAUCCUGCUAAGAAGUUUUGGUUUCCUUGUGUACAAAAGGAUUAUGAAGAUUUAAUGGAUAAGUGGGAUAGGUUUGUGAGGAAGUGGAAGCCCACCGUGAGCUCUAAAGAAAGAGCUGAAGAAAUAUACAUGUUAAAAGAAGCGCACAAAAUGUUGGUUUCAUGUUUACAGGAGGUGGAAGGUGGUGCGAAUGGGAUGGAUGACCCGACCCCACUCUUUAGGGUGGCUCAACAACAUCUUGGUACCCUUGUAACUGAGCUCAUGCUAAUGAUCGACGAAAAUUUUAAGCAAAACCUGACUCUUACUCCAAGUCUAAUUGCAGAGGUAGCAAGUCCUCUUACUGGGAUUCCUGCUUCAUUGCUCCUUAAUUUUUCAGAGCCGCCACUUCAGGGCCUCGAACCAAGACUUGCUAAAGGGCUGAUGCUGAUUGGACAAGAACAUGUUCCAUUUGUUAUUAGCAAUGCAUUGUCAAGGCGUAGAGUUGUUUCUCAAUCUCGCCCAAUUGGAUCAUUUCUAUUCUUAAAUAGCCUUGUGCCGGGAUGGACAGAGAUCGCCAAAGCUCUUGCUGAGCAACUUUUUGAUGACAAAGAAAGGUUGAUAGCAUUCGAUUUGUCAGAAUACUCAAGACUCACAAUCUGUCUCACGCCUCAUUGGUUUCCCCUCCAGGUUUUAAUCUGUCUAGAUGAAGGACUGCUCACAGAAGCUGUGAAGAGGAGGCCUUUCACCGUUGUGCUGUUUGACAAUGUUGAUAGGGCUCAUCCUUCUGUUACUGACGUUCUGAUUGAGAUCAUUAGCCAUGGCAGAGUAUCAAAUGGCCAAGGAAGCACCACUGAUUUCACCAAAACACUGAUUAUCAUGACAUCAAAUAUUAUGGAUGGUAAAGUCGACUCGUGGAAAUGCAAAUAUGUACAGAUGGUUGAAGAAAUCCCGCUGACAGACUCAUCUCCUGAUACAUUGCAACAAGAUCAUGAAUGCACCUAUCUUGAUCUUCUGAGGGAGGCCAGAAGACAUUUCAGACACGAGUUGUUUGAAAAACUGGAUGAUGUGAUUCUUUUUAAGUAUUUUACUUUUGAGCACGAUAUUGCUGCUGCCAGGCUCCAGCUGAGGGAUAUAGCCAGCUCCAUGAGGACCAUGACUGAGAAAAGGCUAAUUUUAUACCCUUCUGACGCUGCACUCUGUGAUAUUUCGAGCAAGUGGCAUCAUGUAAGUUUCCAUUCUCCAUAUAAUAUAAUGGCCAGUUUGAUAGAAGGGAUGAAAAAUGGAUGUAAGGGAGCUAAGAAGCUCGAAUACGACACGACACUAACACGGUGA